GUGUGAACAACUAUUUGAACCAUCUGGUCGCUCCUUGUGUAAAUUCGAUACCUGAUUGACUUCUAGACACCAGGCAGAGCAUGACACAAUUCGAAAUCGAGUAUUUCGUGACACGCCACAGCUGCUAAACGCCGGACAUCGCAUCGCAAAUCGCACCGAAUGGUUCACCUAACGCAGCUCUCCAGGUCACAUUGUUUCCUGCUUGCAGCUCAGUAUGCGAGCGAAGCCAACAUUUCCGCCUUCUCCUCCUUGCGAGCUUCCCGCCCCGAAUGCUUCGAUGCCGAAUUACUCCUUCGAAUCCUCCUGACAUUCCUCUCCGAGGGCACCGAGCCCGGCCGAUAUACCCCACUAGCACGCGACAUUGCUCAUCUACGGCCUUCGGAAGAGCCGACAGUUGAGGUCGACAUCUCGGCAGUUGACGAGAUAUCGGAUGGAGUGGCGAAGAAGCGGGCGAAACGGCUGGUCCUCGUUCCGGUGCGACACCCAUCGCGGAGUGAAGAUGACACGCUGGACACCUUCACCCACUUUCUGAUUCAUCGGGCAUAUCAGCUAGACCAGGCGGGGCUGCUACGACUUACACCUUGUCUUAUAACGCCAUACCUGGACCACUCCUCUUACCUCCGUACAUGGUACACUUCGAUCGUCCUCCCGUUAGUCCGGGUAAACCUAGAGUUCUAUCCGGACGUUGACCCAACCUGGACGGUUCCAGUCAUAGAGACUCUAUUCGGCAGAGAAGGAGUCGAUGCAUUGCUGGCGAAAGGCCAGACAGAUCACAACGAGGAUGAGAGGGACGGAAAGGUGGCUGCCAGGGACAUUAAAGCGCUAGUCGGACCUUGGGUGUACGGCAGCAAUGAGCGCAAAAGACGGCGUGUAGGACCUAAAACCGAAACCCGGAGCGAGUCAGAACGAAGACCCUCGCUCAUCCAACAAUCCGUGGACCCCUACGAGGGUCUCUCCGGCAUUGAGGCGGACUGGAACCGGGUGUUUGACUGGCUUCAAGAAACGGCCGUCAAAGACCCCAGCUAUGUCGUGGACAGCAUCGACGAUUGGAGCGGCCCGAACAAUGUCGAUUUGGGUGAAUCGGGUGGCUAUGGGGCUCUCACGCAGGAACAAGCAGAUGCACUCGACGUGCAAUACGUGAGGUCCAUGGUUGCGGUCAUCUACGGUCUCCAGAACGAUGCGAGCGCUUCGGGCAUCGCGCAGAGGUUACUGCGGCGGAUUGAGACUUUGGGAGGGUUCGAGCCGUCCGCUGCUCUGGAUCCAAAUGCGAAAUUGCCUCGGGUGGCGCCGGAUAGUCCGAUCGUCCAAGACAUUGUGCGGACUCUGAACUCCAAUUCGAAUUUGCGGAAUACGGCGCUAUCGGAACCGACGCCGGACGCCAUCUCGCUGCUCCAAGCGUGCGUCUUGUCUUCAUCAAUGCUGGGGGCGAUGGGCCAUGAUGUCUCAGUCGCAAACGCUGCAAAGAUCAAGUCUCGGGGAAAUAUUCAAGAGCAGCUUGCAGUCCUGGAAAAGAUUCUACAUUCAAGGCUGUCAAUACGGCUCGCUGAACCAGAGUGGAUUUCUAUCCGAGAAAAGGUACUAUGGCUAUGGAGCUGGAACCCAGAGGAUGUCAAAGGCGUGCAACACAGCAAUGGAGUACUUGGAGCGAUCGACAGAGCAAUGCUAGAGAAGCAUGUUCUGAAAACUUUUCUCACUGCGGGCUGCUACCAAUCUGCUAUACGAACAUAUUUACAAGAGAAUGAUAGCCCACUUGAACGGGGCGAUGUCGAAGCGACUGUUCUUGCAGCCAUAUUCACCAGCUAUGACAAUGCCAGUAAUGGAAAUAAGACAAGAGGAGGGAUGAAGAAGGCCACCGAAAUACUCGCAAUAUUUCGUCCCCAAUUCCGUUUCUCGGAAGGCCUCAAACGUUGUGACGCACUUAUCUCCGCUACUCAUGCAUUAUCCUUCUAUUCCUUAACAUUACAGCAUGCCGUUCCAUUCCAGCCUGUUAGCAUCCGUGUCAGCGGCGAUCCUUUAGCUCUUCUUGGCAAAGUCUUUAGCCAGAACCCCAAGAGCUAUACCAAGCUCGACGAUUUAAUCAGCAUCGCGAAGAACUUCGUCGGUGCCGGAUUGCCUAGUGACUCUCCCGACGAAGAACAUCGCUCGCGUCCGGUGCCAGAUCUCGAGACUAAGCAGUUCGCGGCGGAGAUGCGAGUAACGGGCAUGGCUAUUGAAGCUGCGCUUGCCGAAGACGAUUUCGAAACGGCAUACUCAUACGUCGUCAAUCGACUCAACCCUCAGCAGGAAGUCGACCGCCCAUCAACUCCAUCUACAGCGCGUGCCCGCAAAUCCCCUGCAGAUGACAUCGCAUGGCGAGCUGCGCUUCUAGCCGGCAAAUUCCGACCCUCCGACCCCUCCACCUUCGCCAUCCACGCAUCCGCCGCCACCUCAACACCCCCCUCACUCCGUCGUCUUGAGCAGCGCAUGGAACUCCUCUCCCAGGCCCUCCUCCUUGCCCCGCCCUCCGCCCUCGCUGAAGUCCUCGCCGUCUGGCGCCGAUGUGAGGAAGAAAUGACCACCCUCCUCGCCCAGGAGGCGGAGGCCGAGUCCUCGUUCAACGACCGUGCCGAUCGCCGGAUUCCCGGGGGCUUCGAUACGUCGGCUGCGUUCGUUCAGCCGCGGCGGGAGGUCGGCAGGGGCGCGGUGGAAGAGGCGCCUAUGGGGCUGUUUGACGUGGCGAGGGGAGCGGCGGCCGCAUUUUCGAAGACGGCGUUUCCGCUUAGGGGAGGGGCGAAUUCAUCGGCGGCUGGAGAGAAGGGGCAGGUAUAUGGGCAUGAGAGAGAGGGUUCAGGAGCGAGCGGGAGUGAUGGUGAGGGAACGGUGAGGAAGCGAGAUAUGGUUGCUAAUGCGGUGGCGGGGGGAUUGGCUUCGGGACUUGGAUGGGUGUUGGGUACCACUCCUGUACAAAAUCAACCGAAAUAGAAGAACAAGUAUGUUUGACUGCCAUACUAUUGAGGAAUACCUAUUUCCUGUGUUCAAGUCAACCAAUCUCUCAAUUUGGUCCUCCUAACAUGUAUAUGCAAGAUGACUUAUCCCCGACUUCGUUUCGCCGGCUCUAUAUAAUGGCCUUUCCAUCAUGGCCCUUCUGCACGGUUUUCCAACAACUCC